CUUCGACCAACAAUGGCUUCAUUCAUUAGAAAUUCCCAUCUUUCAUGGAGCGCUCUUGUGGUUCUAUACAUGGCACUUCUUGUCUCUGUUUGUGAAGCUAGGGUUCACAGGGGUAAAGGAAGCGGCUUUGUUCGAACCAAAGGACCUAACUUUGUUCUCAAUGGGUCCCCUUUUCUAUUUAAUGGUUUUAAUGCGUAUUGGAUGAUGAAUGUAGCCACUGAUCCAAGCGAGAGGAUGAAAGUUACUCAAGUCCUACAAGAUGCUGCAAAUGCAGGUCUUUCUGUAUGCCGAACAUGGGCUUUUGCUGAUGGUGGCGACAAAGCUCUCCAGAUUUCACCAGGAGCGUACGACGAACGUGUUUUUCAGGGACUAGAUUUCGUCGUGGCAGAAGCAAGAAAAUAUGGUCUUCGGUUAAUAUUAAGUUUUGUUAACAAUUACAAAGACUUUGGAGGGAGACAACAAUACGUAAACUGGGCAAGAAGUUCUGGCAUUCAGAUCAACAGUGACGACGAUUUCUAUACCAACCCAAUAGUAAAAGGGUAUUAUAAGAACCAUGUCCAAAGAGUUAUAACAAGGGUGAAUACUAUCACCAGGGUCGCAUAUCGUGACGACACCACAAUCAUGGCAUGGGAACUCAUAAACGAGCCCCGCUGCCAGGCUGAUUACUCUGGAAGAACAGUUAAUGUUUGGGUUCAAGAAAUGGCUUCGUUCGUCAAAUCAUUGGAUAGACACCAUCUAUUGGAGGUUGGCAUGGAAGGGUUUUAUGGUGACACAAUGCCUGAACGAAAGCAGAUAAACCCCGGUUACCAAGUUGGAACUGAUUUCAUCAGCAAUAAUCUUGUUAGGGGAAUCGAUUUUGCCACCAUACAUGCAUAUCCUGAUCAAUGGUUGUCUGGACAAAAUGAAGAGUCACAAAUGGCAUUUAUGCAAAGAUGGAUGUGGAGUCAUUACCAGGAUUCAAAAACUAUCCUUAAGAAACCACUUGUGAUUGCUGAAUUUGGGAAGUCUAGCAAAGAUCCAGAAUAUAACAUUAACAAAAGGGACUCGUACUUGAAUGCUGUUUAUAGAAACAUUUAUAUGAUGGCCAGAACUGGAGGAACUGUUGGUGGUGGUUUAGUGUGGCAGCUUAUGGCGGAUGGAAUGGGUUCUUACUGCGAUGGAUAUGAAAUAACCUUGUCAGAAAAUCCAUCAACAAGCAACAUCAUUUCUCAGCAAUCUCAAGCCAUGAGCACGUUGUCUCAUUUGCUAAGAAUUGCAUCUGAAAAUGUUCCUUCCGGCAAAAAUCAUAAACUCCAACUUGAUCAUAUUAAAGCACAACCACCUCCAACAUCGCUUUUCCAACACCGUUCACAUCAAAUAUUUGUGUUAAUCUUUGAUUUCCAGAUUUACAGAUCGGAUGAGGGACGUGUGCAGGCUAGCUUCAACAACUUAAUAGCGUCUAGAGUGAAGGCAGUGCAGGCAAAAGGAUCAUGUUUAGAGCUUCUGGUUUUUACCUACAUCGGUAAAUAUUUAUUUAUGUUAAUGUAA